AUGAGUGGGAUUAUGGAAAAGUUAAUAUCUCCUCAGCAAGCAGCUUAUAUCAAAGGAAGAAACAUACAUGAGCAGGUUUUACUUGCUUCUGAGCUGGUCAAUGAGAUAAAAUUCAAAAGAAGGGGAGGCAAUGUAGGGAUUAAGCUUGAUAUUUCUCAGACCUAUAAUUCAGUAAGUUGGGAUUUUCAUAUUAAAGUUCUUUUAAAAUAUGGAAGAGGCUUGAGACAGGGUGAUCCACUCUCUCCAAUUCUCUUUGUUCUGAUGGAGGAUGUUUUAAGUAGAAACAUUUCAGCUUUGGUGGAAAGAGGUGACAUGCAACCAAUGGUUAUGAAGAAUGAAAUACAUCCUACUCAUCUGUUUUUUGCAGAUGAUGUAUUCAUAUUCUGUAAUGGAGGAAAAGUUACAUAUGCAAUGGUUUGGCAUAUAGUUGAAGUGCUUCAAAGAAAAUUGGAAACAUGGAAAGAUAACUUACUAUCUUUUCAUGAUAGAUUGGUGCUAGUUAAAUCUGUUCUUUGUAGCUUAUCUAUCUAUAACAUGUCAGUUUAUAGAUGGCCUUCCUCUGUGAUUAAGAUAUGUGAAAAACUUAUAAGGAAUUUCUUGUGGACUAGAGAUGGAGAUAUAAGAAAAUUCAAAACUCUUUCUUGGAAAAAAGUUUGUACCCCUUAUGAGGAAGGUGGUCUAGGUAUUAAAAGACUCAAAGUUGUCAACCAAUCAUUGUUAAUGAAGCUCAUGUGUAGAAUUUUAAAUUCAUAUGAAGAAUGGGCACUGUUUUUAUCUGCCAAAUUUCAAAAUAGAUAUGGCCAAUGGACUUCAAAUUGGAGACAAUCCACAAUUUGGAAAGGACUGAAAUGGGCAUGGAAUGCUUUAAAAGAUGAUAUCAGAUGGAAAAUUGGGGAUGGAUCACACAUUUCAGUUUGGUUUGAUAUUUGGUUGGGGGAAAAUCCAUUGAUAAAUGACAUUGGUUAUAUAGAUUAUGUCAAGCAAAAUAUUGGUCUGAAAGUGAAUGCACUUUUAUCUGAAGGUCAGUGGAACAUUCCAGUUGAACUGCAAUCUUUUAUCUCCAAUCAUAUUUUUCCUACAGUUCAUGGUGGUGGUGAUAUAAGAUUAUGGAAUGCUGGUAAAAAUGGUACCUUCUCAACUCACUCUGUAGUUGAAAGAAUAAGAUAUCAUGAACCAGUUUUAUCAUGGACAAAAUAUGUUUGGAAACAUUUUAUUCAUCCUAGUAUUGCCAUCAAUGUAUGGAAGUUGCAACAAGAAGUCUAUGUAGAUGAUACUAUUAUGGUGAAGAGGGGUUUUGAAAUAGUUUCAAUCUGCUGCAUUUGCUGUGCAGAUCAAGAUAAUAUGAAUCAUACUCUUUGGGAGUGUGAGUUCAGUGUUGCAGUUUGGGAUUGGUUGACUAUGGUUUUUGGAUUUUCAAGGCCUCAUUCAUUUGCAGAAAGAAAUGCCAAGCUUUUUGGUGAAAUGAAGCCUAAUCUUAAUAGAUUUAAAAGCAGAAUCAUUCAGCAAGUGCAUGAGGGUAGUUACAGAAUGACAGACCGUAUUGAAUCAACUUAUGAGAAGAACGACAUAUCAUAUGAUCCGUUAGAACUUCAUGGGUUGAAAAUAAUCAAGUUAUUGAUCAUGAGGAAAUUUGUGUGGACUCAUAUAUUUCGUAACAAGGAAGACGUGGUUGAGUCUAUAUAUGUAGAUUCAUCUUAUGAGAAUCCGUUUGUGUCGCCUUAUAAUUCUGUCUAUGCAGCUAAUUUUCGAUCUCUUGAAGAUAUACCACUAGAAAAUUGUUCUGGAAGAAUUCAUGGUAGAGUUUUAUCAAACACUGAGAGAUUAAUGUUGCAUAAGAUUUUAGAGGAUUUGAUUUUUGUUCGAUACCAUCCAUACGUAGGACGUUUGCGUCUGUACUUGGCUGAACCAUCGUAUUUCAGAUGA